AUGGCCGACAUCACCAGCUCAACCGAGCUUGACGACACGGCCCUCAACGGCCCAAUCGACUACAUCAACGCGCUCCCCUCGAAAAACAUCCGCACAAAGCUCGUAGCAGCGCUGAACACCUGGCUCAACCUCUCACCUCAACAACUGACUGUCAUCAAAGAAAUCAUAACCGACCUCCACAACUCUAGCCUCAUCCUCGACGACAUCCAAGACGACUCUGAGCUCCGCAGGGGCAGUCCUACGACGCACCGCGUCUUUGGGUCUGCGCAGUGCAUUAACAGUGCGACGUACAUGGUCGUGCAUGCGGCGCAAAGGGCGCAUAGCGCAAGCAUCGUUUAUCCGGACCUGAUGCCGGUGUUUCUAGAUGGGUUGGCGGAGCUUGCCAAGGGCCAGAGCUGGGAUUUGCAGUGGAAGUUUGAGGCGCGGUGUCCGUCUGUCCAGGAGUAUAUGGCCAUGAUCGAUGGAAAAACAGGGGCCAUGUUUGUCAUGUUGCUCCGCAUGAUGGUUGUUUUCGCUCCGGCGAAGACGACGAUGGAGACACAGACACAGACAGAGACGGAGACACAGACGCAAUCGCAGAGUGCAACCCCAACAAUAUCAGUAAAAUCAUGGCCUCUUUCCGACCUCGAGCGCCUCAUGCAACUUCUAGGCCGCCUCUUCCAAGUCCGUGACGACUAUCAGAACCUUCGAGACGAGACAUACGCCAAGCAAAAGGGGUUCUGUGAGGACCUAGACGAGGGCAAGAUCUCGUUCCCUGUGAUUGCAUGCUGCGAGGCAGACCCCUCUGCGCGUGCGUCGAUGCUAAACCUCCUCGGCGCAAAGAAACAGGGGAAGCGCGUGUCCGAGGCUCAGAAGAUGCAGAUGCUCCGACUGAUUCUGGACUCGGGCGCGCUGCAUCGGACGUGGGAGGUUAUCCAGUGCUUGAUUGAGGAGAUUCGGGCUGCGUUGGGAGUUGUUGAGGAAAGGCUUGGAGCGAGGAAUUCGGCGCUUAGGCUGAUUAUUUUGUUGUUGGUUGAUGUGCAGGCGCCGUAA